GAGUGUGUGAGCCGCUCCGGCCAAGGUUACUGCGGGUUUACCUCUUCAUAUCAGCCGGAGUGACCGGAGAGAAGUGCACCCGCUGAGAACAUGGCUCCUCUGCAACAAAGGGAAAGUCACAGGCGGAAAGUUUAAAGGAAUAAGGAGCUGCAGAAAUCUCCACUCGGAGACACACAAACUGAGGAGAGAUGCACUUCGUUAAAUGGGAUUUGUUGUUGAUUUACUGGUGGUGUAAACUGGUUUCGCUGGUGCAUUGUUACACCGUUCACAUCAGUGAGGAUGCGGGACCAAGGAUGGUGGUGGCCGGCGUGGAGCGGGGCGCGCGGUGCACUUUGGAUCAGGUACUCGCUCCCAAAUUUACGGAGCAGUUUCUGGAAACUGACGCGGCGGCGGGCAUUGUGUUUGUUUCGGACUCGAUAAAGUGCCCCUCGCUGCUUUCAAACCCCUUCACCGUGUACACUGUAACAGACUGCACGGACUCCGGCUACAGGCACCUCCUCACCAGCCAGUACGAAGUGCAUGUUCACGGUAGGAACUGUUCAAACAAGCGUAAAAGAAAACCUCAGUGGGACAUGGAGGUGCUGAGUUUGUUUAGCACCCACAGUCACCACCGCUCAGAGUGCCACGAAGCAGGUUCGGCUUUAUUUGCAGUGGGGGGUCUGCUACCUGGAGCCCCGCUCCGCUGCAAAGUCACCAACAGUCGGGACUUUUACUUCUCUGAGGGGGACUUGUUUGUGUCCGAGACGCUGUGCUGGAGACAGGACACACUCCUGGAGCUAGACCUGCUCUGUGAUGUACUCACAGGAAAUGGAGUGAGUGCUGAAGUCAACCCCAUCUCCAUCCACUGGCGCGUGGGGCAGGGCCCCUUUAGGCAAGGCCACUUAGGGAAGUUGUUAGUAAAGGCAGGUCAGUCUGAUUCAGGGAUUGUGAGCAGGAGGAGGAGAAGCAUCAACAGCAGUCCUCAGUUUCAACCUCCAAUGUACCAAGUGUCUGUGGCAGAGAAUAAGCCAGCUGGGACUCAUGUUGUUGUUUUGAAAGCAGUGGAUGUGAAUGAGGGGGAGGCAGGCAGGCUGGAGUAUUUUAUAGAAGCUCUCUUUGAUAGCCGCUCCAACAAUCUCUUUGCUGUGGACCCGGCCAGCGGUGCCGUGUCCACAGUAGAGGUGCUGGACCGGGAGACAAAAGACACCCAUGUGUUUCGUGUGACCGCCGUGGACCACGGCACGCCCCGGCGUACAGGAAUGGCAACACUCACAAUCACAGUCAGUGACAGUAAUGAUCAUGGCCCCGUGUUUGAGCAGCAGGACUAUAAGGAAAGUAUCAGGGAGAAUCUGGAAAUAGGCUAUGAAGUGUUAACUGUGAGGGCGACAGAUGGGGAUGCACCUGUUAAUGGUAAUAUCCUUUAUCGCAUCAUCAACAACAACGGGUCCAAUGAGGUGUUUGAGAUUGAUUCGAGGUCUGGUGUAAUCCGCACCAAAGGUACGGUAGACAGAGAGGAGGUGGAAACCUAUAUGCUGUUAGUUGAGGCAAAUGACCAAGGUCGUGACCCUGGGCCCCGCAGCGCCACAGCUACGGUUAAUAUUGUGGUUGAGGAUGACAAUGAUAAUGCUCCCCAGUUCAGCGAGAAACGCUAUGUGGUGCAGGUGCCAGAAGACAUGGCCCCUAACACAGAGAUCCUGCAGGUCACCGCCUCAGAUCAGGACAGAGGGAGCAACGCUGUCAUUCACUUCAGCAUCAUGAGCGGGAACACCAGGGGUCAGUUUUACAUUGAUGCUCAGACAGGUAACAUGGACCUGGUGAGUCACCUGGAUUACGAGGCGAACAAAGAAUACACUCUAAGAAUCAGAGCCCAGGAUGGAGGACGCCCUCCGCUCUCCAACAUCAGCGGCCUGGUCACGGUGCAGGUGCUGGAUGUUAAUGACAACGCCCCCAUUUUUGUCAGCACCCCAUUCCAGGCCACCGUGCUGGAGAACGUGCCGCUGGGCUACUCCAUCAUCCACAUCCAAGCUGUGGAUGCGGACUCUGGCGACAACUCUAGGCUAGAGUAUCGCCUUACUGAAACUACUCCGAACUUCCCCUUCAGCAUCAACAACAGCACGGGGUGGAUUAUAGUGUCAGCCGAGCUGGACAGGGAGAGUGUAGAUUUUUACAACUUUGGAGUGGAGGCCCGAGAUCAGGGCUACCCCGUCAUGUCCUCCUCAGCCAGCAUCAGCAUGACUAUUCUCGACGUCAACGACAACAACCCAGAGUUCACUCAGAAGGCGUAUUACAUGCGACUGAAUGAAGAUGCAGCCGUGGGCACCAGCGUGGUGACGGUGUCAGCUGUUGACCAGGACAUCAACAGUGUGGUGACCUAUCAGAUAUCUAGUGGAAACACCCGCAACAGAUUUUCCAUCACAAGUCAGAGCGGCGGGGGGCUCAUUACACUGGCGCUGCCUUUAGACUACAAACUAGAACGGCAGUAUGUCCUCACCGUCGCUGCAAGCGAUGGUACACGUCUUGACACCACCAAAGUGUUUGUUAAUGUCACUGAUGCCAACACACACCGGCCUGUGUUUCAGAGCUCACACUACACCGUCAACAUCAACGAGGACAGGCCGGUCAGCACCACUGUUGUGGUAAUAAGUGCCACAGAUGAAGACACAGGUGAGAACGCACGAAUCACCUACUUUAUGGACGACAGCAUCCCUCAGUUUGAGAUCGACUCCGACACAGGAGCUGUCACCACACAGAUGGAGCUGGACUACGAGGACCAAGUGUCCUAUACACUAGCCAUCACUGCUCGGGAUAACGGCAUCCCUCAGAAGUCUGAUACCACCUACCUGGAGAUACUGGUGAAUGACGUCAACGACAACUCCCCCCGCUUCCUCAGAGACCACUAUGUGGGCUCCGUCAUGGAAGACGUGCCGGUGUUCACCAGCGUGGUCCAGGUUUCUGCCACUGAUAGAGAUUCUGGGCUCAACGGCCGCGUCUUCUACACCUUCCAGGGCGGGGAGGAUGGCGAUGGAGACUUUAUAAUUGAAUCCACCUCUGGAAUUGUUCGCACACUGCGCAGGUUAGACAGAGAAAAUGUGCCUGUUUACAGCCUGCAGGCGUUCGCUGUAGAUAAAGGGGUUCCUGCUCUGAAAACACCAGUGAACAUCCAGGUAACAAUCCUAGAUGUGAAUGACAACCCGCCUGUGUUUGAGAAAGAUGAGUUUGACAUCAUGGUGGAGGAGAACAGCCCCAUAGGUAUUGUGGUAGCACACAUAUUAGCCACAGAUCCAGAUGAAGGCAGUAAUGCACAGAUCAUGUACCAGAUAGUGGAGGGAAACAUCCCCGAGGUGUUCCAGCUGGACAUCUUCUCUGGAGAACUGACUGCAUUAAUAGACCUGGACUAUGAGACAAGAUCUGAGUAUAUAAUUGUUGUCCAGGCCACCUCCGCCCCUCUGGUCAGCCGCGCCACAAUCCACAUCAAACUUGUUGACAAGAACGACAACCUGCCCCUGCUCAAAAACUUCCAGAUCAUCUUCAACAACUACGUGACGGACAAAUCGAACAGCUUCCCCACUGGAGUGAUCGGACGCAUCCCCGCACACGACCCCGACGUCUCGGAUCAGCUCCACUACAGCUUCGAGGUGGGAAACGAGCUGAACUUAGUGCUCCUGAACCAAAGCACGGGAGAGAUCCAGCUGAGCCAGGCUCUGGAUAACAACCGGCCCCUGGAGGCCUCCAUGAGGAUCUCAGUGUCAGAUGGUGUCCACUCGGUGUCAGCCCAGUGUCUUCUCCAAGUCACCAUCAUCACUGAUGAAAUGCUGUCCAACAGCAUCACGUUGAGGCUGGCCAACACCUCCCAGGAGCACUUCCUCUCCCUGCUGCUCGCCCAGUUCCUCGACGGUGUGGCCCGCGUCCUGUCCGCCGCCCCCGAAGACGUCGUCAUCUUUAACAUCCAAGACGACACGGACGUCAGCGCUCGCAUCCUCAACGUCAGCCUGUCUGUGGCUGUGCCUGUGUUGGGGGAGGGAAACCAGCGGCUUGGAGGGGUCGGUGACAGGCCUGGGAGAGGGGUUGAAAGUGGAGGAGAGUUUUUCGGCUCGGAGGAACUCCAGGAGAGGCUGUACUUGAACCGCAGCCUCCUCGCUAAGAUCUCCUCGCAGGAAGUUCUUCCCUUUGACGACAACAUCUGCCUCCGAGAGCCGUGUGAGAACUACAUGAAGUGUGUUUCCGUGCUGAAGUUCGACAGCCUGGCGCCGUUUGUUGCAUCAGAUACCAUCCUGUUCAGACCCAUCCACCCCAUCGCCGGGCUGCGCUGUCGCUGUCCCACCGGCUUCACAGGAGACUACUGCGAGACGGAGAUUGACCUCUGCUACUCGAAACCCUGCGGAGCUCACGGUGUGUGUCGAAGCAGAGAGGGAGGCUACACCUGCGAGUGCUUCGAGGACUACACAGGGGAGCGGUGCGAGCUGUCGUCACGCUCGGGCCGCUGUGCUCUGGGAGUCUGCAAGAACGGCGGCUCCUGUGUCAACCUGCUGGUCGGCGGGUUUAAGUGCGAGUGUCCGUCGGGCGGCUACGAGAAGCCCUACUGCGAGAUGACCACACGCAACUUCCCCCCACACUCCUUCUUGACCUUCAAGGGCCUCCGCCAGCGCUUUCACUUCACCCUCUCUCUCACAUUCGCCACCAAAGAGCCUAACGGUUUGUUACUCUACAACGGCCGCUUCAAUGAGAAACACGACUUCCUCGCCAUGGAAAUCAUCAAUGAGCAGCUGCAGCUGACCUUCUCUGCAGGCGAGACCAAAACUACAGUUUCACCGUUCCUCGGAGGAGGAGUCAGCGACGGUCAGUGGCAUGUGGUGGAAGUCCACUACUACAACAAGCCGAUCUUAAACCAGGCCGGCCUGCCGCAGGGCCCCUCGGACCAGAAGGUCGUCGUAGUGACGGUGGACAACUGCGACGCCUCCGUGGCUCUCCGGUUCGGUCACAUGAUCGGAAACUACACCUGCUCUGCUCAGGGCAGCCAAUCGGGAUCUAAGAAAUCCCUGGACCUGACCGGCCCCCUGCUCCUCGGAGGGGUCCCUAAACUCCCAGAGGACUUUCCUGUUCGCAACCGGCAGUUCGUGGGCUGCAUGAAGAACCUGCGUAUCGACAACCAGCACAUAGACAUGGCCAGCUUCAUCGCUAACAACGGCACUCUGCCAGGGUGCUCUGCCAAAAGACACUUCUGCAACAACAACCCGUGUCUGAACGGAGGAACCUGUGUGAACCUGUGGGGCUCCUUCAGUUGUGAUUGCCCGCUUGGAUAUGGAGGACAAAGCUGCGAAAGAGUGAUGGCCAGCCCUCAGCGUUUCCUGGGUAACAGUCUGUUGCAGUGGAACAACAUGGCGGCGGCGGCCUCCGUCCCUUGGCAUGUCGAGCUCAUGUUCCGCACGCGUCAGGCCAGCGCUACACUGCUGCACAUCUCCGCCGGCCAGCAGCACAACCUCACACUGCAGCUGCGUGGGGGGAGCGUGUUGAUGGGGCUGCACAGAGGGGAAGACUCGACUCUUUCCCGCGUGGAGGAGGUGCUGGUGAACGAUGGAGACUGGCAUCAUUUGCAGCUGGAUAUUAGCAGUCUGGGGGGAGCAGCGAGCCACCACAAAGCUGUGUUGUCUUUAGAUCAGGGGCUCUACCUGGCCUCUAUGCAGGUUGACGGGAAGCUGCGAGACUCCAAGCUGAAGACUGUGAGCGUUGGUGGUUUGGCAAGGCCUGAUGGGAAAAUUCAGCAUGGCUUCCGUGGCUGUAUACAGGGUCUGCGUGUGGGCGGGGCUCUGAGUCUGUCUCAGGCGAGGAAGGUGAACGUGGAGCCGGGCUGCAGCGUGCCCGACCCCUGCAGCUCCAGCCCGUGUCCUCUCAGCAGCUACUGCAGCGACGACUGGGACAGCUUCUCCUGCACCUGCCUCGCCGGAUACCAUGGCACCAACUGCACUGAUGUCUGCUCAUUAAACCCCUGUGAGCAUGAGUCAACGUGCAGCAGGAAGCCGAGCUCCUCUCAUGGUUACACCUGUGACUGUCCCAGCAACUACUUCGGCCAUUACUGCGAGAAAAAGACCGACUUGCCGUGUCCCAGAGGCUGGUGGGGUCACAAGACCUGCGGCCCCUGUAACUGUCACACAGACAAGGGCUUCGACUCUGACUGCAACAAGACGAGCGGAGAGUGUCGCUGCAAGGACAACCACUACCGUCCUGAAGGCAGCGACACCUGCCUGCUGUGCGACUGCUACCCGGUCGGCUCUUUCUCCAGAGCGUGUGACCGAGAGAGAGGCCAGUGUCAGUGUAAACCCGGCGUCAUCGGACGCCAGUGUGACCGCUGUGACAACCCCUUCGCUGAGGUUUCUCCUAACGGCUGUGAAGUCAUCUAUGACAGCUGCCCUCAGGCCAUCGAGGCUGGGAUCUGGUGGCCCAGGACGAAGUUCGGUCUCCCUGCAGCCGUUCACUGUCCCAAGGGAACGCUCGGCACAGCGAUCCGCCACUGUGAUGAGCACAAGGGCUGGCUCCCUCCCAAUCUCUUCAACUGUACCUCCGUUACCUUCAGCAAGCUCAAAGCCCUGUCUGAAAAGAUUUCCCGCAACGCAUCGCUCCUGGACUUUGGACAAGUUCAGCAGACAGCAGCCAUGUUGGCCAACGCCACCUUGCACACAGAGAAAUACUACGGCAGCGAUGUGAAAGUAGCUUAUCGGCUCACACAGAGUCUGCUGCUGCACGAGAGCAGCCAGCAGGGCUUCAACCUCACAGCGACACAGGACGUCCACUUCACUGAGAAUCUGGUCCGUGUGGGCAGCGCCAUCCUGAAUCCAGACACACGGACGCACUGGGAGCUGAUCCAGCACUCGGAGGGUGGCACGGCGGCGCUGCUGCGCCACUACGAGGACUACGCAAACACACUGGCACAGAACAUGAGGAAGACCUACCUCAGCCCCUUCACCAUCGUCACACCACACAUUGUCAUCUCUGUGGAUCGUCUGAAAAAGAUGAACUUUGCCGGAGCCAAACUCCCGCGGUACCAGUCCCUGAGGGGCCCUCGUCCUGCGGACCUGGAGACGGCCGUCACGCUGCCCGAUUCAGUCUUCCAACUACCUGUGGACACCAAGGGACACAGACACCUGGAUGUCUUCCCAGAGUCCUCGCUGAGGAACCGCUCGGCCAACAGGAAGAGACGCCACCCUGAAGACAACCAGCAGGACGCCAUCGCCAGUGUGAUCAUCUUCCACAGCCUGGCCCAGCUGUUACCAGAGAGCUACGAUCCUGACAAGAGAAGUCUGCGGGUGCCAAAGCGUCCGAUCAUCAACACACCGGUGGUCAGUAUCACAGUGCACGACAACGACGAGCUGCUGCAGCACGUGCUGGACAAACCCAUCACUGUGCAGUUCCGCCUGGUCACCACCGAGGAGCGCUCCAAACCCAUCUGUGUGUUCUGGAACCACACCAUACUUGGCGGUAACGGCGGCUGGUCAGCGAAGGGCUGCGAGGUGGUCUUCAGAAACAACACCCACAUCAGCUGCCAGUGUUAUCACAUGACCAGCUUCGCUGUGCUCAUGGACAUCUCCAGGAGAGAGAACGGAGAGAUUUUGCCUAUCAAAAUCCUGACGUGGAGCACAGUUGGAGUGACGAUGAGCUUCCUCUUCCUCACCACGAUCUUCCUCCUCUGUCUGAGAGCCAUGCAGUGCAACAAGACGAGUAUAAUCAACAAUGGAGGCGUCGCUCUCUUCCUCUCUGAGCUCAUCUUCAUCCUGGGCAUCAACCAGGCAGACAACCCGUUUGUGUGCACAGUCAUCGCCAUCCUGCUGCACUUCUUCUACCUCUGCACUUUCUCCUGGCUCUUCCUGGAGGGGCUGCACGUCUACCGCAUGAUCAGCGAGGUGCGAGACAUCAACUAUGGACCCAUGAGAUUCUACUACCUGAUUGGCUGGGGAGUGCCGGCCUUCAUCACAGGUCUGGCUGUGGGACUGGACCCUGAAGGCUACGGGAACCCAGACUUCUGUUGGCUUUCUAUGUACGACACUCUCAUCUGGAGCUUUGCUGGACCCAUCGCCAUGGUGGUGUCGAUGAACGUCUUCCUGUACAUCCUGUCGUCCAGAGCCUCCUGCUCACUGAGACACCGCAGCAUGGAGAAGAAAGAGUCUCGUGUCUCAGGCCUGAAGACCGCAGGUGGCGUUCUCCUCCUGGUUUCAGUCACAUGUUUUCUGGCGCUCCUCUCCGUCAACAGUGACAUGAUCAUCUUCCACUAUCUGUUCGCUGGGUUCAACUGUGUACAGGGUCCGUUUGUUUUCUUCUUCCGCAUAGUCUUCAAUAAGGAAGCAAGGAAUGCCAUGAAAUACUGCUGCAGCCGCAAGCGCCCAGAUCAUAUGAUCAAAUCCAAGGCCCCUGGCUACAAAUGCAACACAAACUACAUGGACGGCAGGUUGUACCACCUUCCUUUUGGAGACUCCAGUGUGUCUCUGAACGGCACCAUGCAGAGCGGCAAGAGCCAGCAGAGCUACGUGCCGUUUGUCCUCAGGGACGAUGGGUUGAGUAACAGCCAGGCGCACAUCGCUCUGAACGACCACACGUCGCUCUUCCAUGAAACUAAAGAGCACCUGGAGGAUCGCGACAGCGACUCUGACAGCGACUUGUCUCUAGAGGACGACCAGAGCGGCUCCUACGCCUCCACACACUCCUCCGACAGCGAGGACGAGGGUCCACUCACCCCAGAGGAAUGCUGGGAAAACCUGGCGUCUAAUGGGGCUAAGAGACCACAACCCCACGACAACAGUUUGAGUAAGAUGUACUGGCCUGGAGAUUACCCAGCAGCAGCGGUUGACGGCGAGCUCACAGGUACAGACAGACUGAAGGCGGACACUCUGGCCAAUCCAGAGCCGACUAAUGGCCGCGACAGCCGGAUGGUAUCGGACGACCGGACGCAGGACGCCAUGAUGGUGCUGCUGCCCAGUCUGCCAAACAUCUACGCCCACCCUCACAGAGGGAUCCUAAAGAAGAAGCAGCUUUCUCCUAUUGUAGAGAGGAAUGGUCUCAACCGCAUCCACAACAAACUUUGUGAAAUCGCCCCCGGCACGGCGUCUCCGCAGGGAUCCUGCUCCAGUGAUGGUCGAGCCGGCCCAACUAAACCCGGCCUGCCGGAUCAGAUGAAUGGCGUCGCCAUGAGCAUCAAGGCGGGGACGGUGGACGGUGAUUCGUCAGGAUCAGACCACUGCAACACCUCCAUGUGACCUCGCUGACGGAGGGGUGUGUCUUUGCAGGUCAUAGAGCCUCCUUCCUCAACACUGACUGCAAACAAGGAGCACUGGACUUCUCCUUAAAAAGUGGAAAAAGAAGGAAUUCCCCCCUCGUCAUCAUGAACCUCUGAAGGAGUGUGUGUGUGUGUGUGUGUGUGUGUGUGUG